AGGAUUGUUUAACCGGUGUUGCCCCUGAAUCCAGCAUUGCGACCGAUAUACAGAACACAGGGGGAACGGAUAAUUUCAAUAACGAUAUUGGGGGUUCUCAAACAGUUCCUUCAAUGGGAUUUUCCAUUA